AAAGCACCUACCUGGGAGAGACACUUCUAAGUACAGUAUGGCCAUGUCAGCCCCACUGCGGACCCUGGAAGAGGAGGUGACCUGCUCCAUCUGCCUUCAUUACCUACGGGACCCUGUGACUAUUGACUGUGGUCAUGUCUUUUGUCAAAGCUGUACUACUGUCAUCCGCCCUGUCUCAGGGGGCUGCCUUGUCUGUCCACUCUGCAAGAAGCCUUUUAAGAAGGAGAACAUGCGACCCGUGUGGCCACUGGCCAGCCUUGUGGAGAGUAUUGGGCGGCUGAAGGUGGACAAGGGCUUCAAGCAACAGAGCAAAAUGACCCAGCAACAGCAGGACACAAAGUUGUGUGAGCGGCACCAGGAGAAGCUGUACUACUACUGUGAGAAGGAUGGGAAGCUGUUGUGUGUGAUGUGCAGGGAGUCCUGGGAGCAUAGGUCUCAUAAGGCUAUCUUGGUGGAGAAGGCCGCCCAGCCCCUCAGGAAAAAAAUCCUGAGUCACCUGAGUACCCUAAGGAAAGACAGAGACAAAAUUCAGGAAUUUCAGAAGAAAGGAGAGGCUGAUAUCAAGGCUAUCCUGAAGACGCUACGGGACCAGAAGAAAGACAUCAUGGCUGAGUUUGAAAAGAGCCACCAGUUCCUGAAGGACCGAGAGCAGCACCUACUGGAUCAGCUGGCAAAACUGGAGCAGGAGGCCACAGAGGAUGGGGAAAAGUACAAGGCCAAGGGCAGUGCAGAACUUGAACGGCUGGCACUGGUCAUCUCUAAACUGGAGAGCAAAGCACAGCAGCCAGCUGCAGAAUUCAUGCAGGAUACCAAAAACUUCGUGAACAGAUACCCACGGAAGAAGUUCUGGUUUGGAAAAGCCAUUGAUCAGGUGGUAAAGAAAAGGACAGAAGAACUCUCAGAGAAACUUCUGUUUCUGCAGCAAGACCUGAGAGAAUUCCAAGGGAAACUGCUGAGAGACUUAGAAUAUCAGAGAGUGAGUGUCACCCUGGACUCGCGGUCAGUCAGCAGGUACCUUCAGCUGUCAGACAACGGGAAGUGUGUGACCUACAGCAGCCUAUAUCAGAAUAUGUACCCAUACCCUCAGCAGUUUGAUUGUGAGCCAGGGGUACUGGGCAGUAACAGCUUCACCGGGGGCAAAGUCUACUGGGAAGUAGAGGUGGAAAGGGACAGUUGGUCUGAGGAUGAAGUGGAGCAGGGAGAGGAAGAAGAAGAGGAAGAGGAAGAGGAGGAAGAAGAGGAAGAGGAGGAAGAAGAGGAAGAGGAGGAAGAAGAGGAGGGUGAAUAUGAUAACUGGGAAACAGAUGAGGAUGAGGAAUCAGAGGAAGAAGAGGAAGAGGAGGUAGGAGAAGAGGAGGAAGUUCAGGAAAGCUGCAUGGUAGGAGUGGCCCAAGACUCUAUGAAGAGGAAGGGAGAACUCUCCCUACGGCCAGAAGAUGGGGUGUGGGCAUUGCGCCUCUCUUCAGGGGGCAUCUGGGCCAACACUCACCCUGAGGCUAAACUCUGCCCAUUGCUUCGACCCCGGAGAAUAGGAAUUGCUCUGGAUUACGAAGGGGGCACUGUGACUUUUACUAAUGCAGUGUCACAAGAACUCAUCUACACCUUCUCCACUACUUUCACUCGUCGCCUAGUCCCCUUCUUGUGGCUUCGGUGGCCAGGAACACGUCUCCUGCUGAGACCUUGAGCCCUGUUGUCAGCCAUCAGUCAGCCACUGAUACUUCACUUCUCUGGAGCUCCGACACUCUGAUCAGUCAGGAGCUGUGCUGGCC